CGGAAGUGUAAGCUUACGAAUGGUGUAGUUUAAAACUUGUUCUUGUUUCUCUACUUCAUUUUAGGUAUAGCAGUCAAAAUAUGAUAUGUAUUAUAUUGGUAGCAGGACAUGGUACACUCCUGGAAAGUGAAAUAAGGACUGACAAAGACUAUGUUCACUUGGCUGGUAUUCCUAAAGCACUACUCCCAGGGGUUGGAGGGAAACGCAUCUUGGAUUACUGGUGGGAAACAAUUAAGACGAGGCAAAUAUUUAGUGAGGUUUAUCUUGUGACUAAUGCAGACAAAUACAAGCACUAUGAGAGAUGGGCAACUGCCAGUGAUUUCCCUGUUGCGAAUAUAGUAAAUGAUGGUACAACAACUCUUGCUAAUAGUAUUGGUGCAGUGGCUGAUGUUGAUCUUGUCAUUAGGAAUAAAAAAGUCAAUGAUGACAUCAUGGUGGUGGCGGGUGAUAUGCUAUUCCAAGACCAAAGAUUUGACGUUGCCCAAGUUGUGAAGUACUUUAAACUGAAGGGGGAUGGGGAUCUAGCAAUGCUUUAUGAAAUGGAGCAAUCAGAAUGUACCUCUACAAGAGGAAUUGUACAUCUUGCAGAGGAUAAUUUAAGAAUAGGAAAGUUCUUAGAGAAGCCUUCAAGUGACCAGACUUCAUCCAGGUUGGCCAGUGUGGUGUUCUACUGCUUCAGAAAGCAAUCGCUGGCUUAUUUUGGAGAUUAUCUAACACAGUGCAAUACACCAAAUGAAAGGAGAUUUGGUAAAUUCAUGGAAUGGCUAAUAAAUGAUAAAGGAAAGACAGUCUAUGGAAUGAAAUUACCAACUGGUUUUCAACUUAUAGGACAAGUGGGUUUAUUAGACUACAAACGUUGGCUUGAGUAUUUCUCAAGUAAGCAAUAUGAAUUCAACCAUCAGCCUAUUACCAAGAGGUCUCAUGCGAGGGUGGGCCUCAUGGGUAACCCCUCUGAUGGCUUCAAUGGAAAGACAAUCUCUAUGUCUAUAGCAAACUUCUGGGCUGAAGUGACAAUAGUUGAGAGUGAACGUCUAGUGCUGAUGCCCCACCCUCUCAAUGACCCCACAGAGUUUGGCAGUUUAUGGGACCUCUAUGGUAUAAGCCGGAAAGAAGGAUAUCUUGGUGGCCUCCGACUAUUACAAGCAACCUGUAAAAAGUUUUAUGAAUACUGUUCUCAGAAAGGGAUAGCCCUUGGGAAGAGAAACUUUACAUUAAAGUAUGAUACAAACAUUCCAAGACAAGUGGGCCUGGCUGGUAGCAGUGCAAUAGUGGCAGCAACACUGAAGUGUCUUUUACAGUUCUUCAACUUAAACUCAUCAGAUAUGCCCAAGCAAAUUCAGCCUCAGUUUAUUCUAGAUGUUGAGAAAGAGGAACUCUUCAUUCAGGCAGGUCUACAAGACAGAGUCAUUCAGGUAUAUGAAGGUUUGGUCUACAUGGACUUCAGUAAAGAGUUAAUGGAUUCUAGGGGAUGUGGGAAUUAUGAGUACCUGCCAUCAGAUUCCACUCCAAAGUUCUGGUUGGCUUAUGUAGGAGAUCCCAGUGACUCAGGCAAAAUACAUAGUGACGUCAGCAUCAGAUGGAGAAAUGGUGACCAAGAAGUUGUCGACGCUAUGAAAACAUUUGCUCAGUAUACAGACGCAGCAAGGAGUGCAAUAGAAAACAAGGACUGGGAACAGCUCGCCAGCCUCAUGAAUGACAACUUUGAAUUAAGAAGGAAGAUAUAUGGCGAUGCCUCUCUGGGUGCUGGCAACCUAAGGAUGAUCCAGAUUGCGAGGGAACACGGUUCCGCUGUAAAGUUUCCCGGCAGUGGUGGUGCAACAGUUGGACUUUGCCUUGACCAAUCAAAGAUGGACCAGCUGAGACAAGCCCUGCAGAGUGAAGGUUUCGUUGUUUGUGAUGUUAUACCAUACACAGCUGACGCGUCAGCUAGUGCGUAAUAUCAUUCAUUGACGUGUCAUCCAGUGCAUAUAAUAUUGAACUCUGGCCAUGCAUAUGAAAAAUAGAAUGUGAUAUUAAUUGUAUUUAUAAAUAUUUAAUUCAACUGUACAGUGUACCAGCUUUACUAAGAAGUGGACAAUUAAAUAUUUACUUUUAGUCAUCAAUUGAAUAUGACAUGAGAGAAUUUAAAGUGUUGCCAUUAUAUGUGUAUAAGACUGUAAGAUGGGCGUAUAUGGGGUGCAUAUGGGCGUGCAUGGGGUGUAUAAAAUGUCUC